CUCCUCAGCACCGACAAUCACCCAGUCAAGAUGCACGAAGAUCACGAUGCCCAGCUCGCUGCCGAGGCCAAGAAGAAGGCCCGUUCCUUCCGCAAGUUCUCUUACCGCGGUAUUGAGCUCGAGCAGCUUCUCGACCUCUCUUCCGAGAACUUGAUCGACCUCGUUCACGCUCGUGCCCGCAGAAGGUUCCAGCGCGGUCUUAAGCGCAAGCCUAUGGGUUUGAUCAAGAAGCUCCGUAAGGCUAAGCAGGAGGCCCCCGGUAGCGAGAAGCCCGCUACCGUCAAGACCCACCUCCGUGACAUGAUCAUUGUCCCCGAGAUGAUCGGCUCCGUUGUCGGUAUCUACAACGGUAAGGUCUUCAACCAGGUUGAGAUCAAGCCCGAGAUGGUUGGUCACUACCUUGGUGAGUUCUCCAUCACUUACAAGCCCGUCCGUCACGGUCGUCCCGGUAUCGGUGCCACCCACUCUUCCCGUUUCAUUCCCCUCAAGUAA